UUGAUGAGCUCAUGCGGCUGAUAUAUUGAUUUCACUUAAUGUUUUAUAUCGAUUUAGUGCAUGAUUUCCAUUUCAUACAAAACGUAUUUUUAAUGUAGGCACCGCUUUUUCUUUCUAUUGGCAGCUACGGCAUGCAGCCACCGUAUAUUCUUACUUUGAAUAUGUAUAUAUCGUACACAAAGAUAAACGGUGGUCCAAAUCGGAAACGGGAAACAUGUCGAUACAAAGAUUUAUUAAUAAUAUGCUCAACUAAUACGACCAAUGUACAAGUGAAUGCCCAACAACUGGAAUACUAACUUAAAAAAAAAAAAGAAACUCUUUUAGAAAAAAGAAACAUUUUUCUUAAAUAAGUGGACUGCAAAAGCUUCCUUAGAAACUAUUGUGUACGAGUCUUCCUUUCUAAAUAACUACAUAUAUAUUAUACUAAAACUAUGAGAACACACCUCAUUUUAUGGGAAGUCGACUGACAUAUUUUGCAUGCAAAUGUACAGAUUGGUCCAGUCAACUAACACAUGCAUGGUGUGCAAUAAAACUAAAUUAAUAAUCUUCUAAAUCGCAUUUGUUCAUCUUCCUUAUUAUAAUAACCCGAAUUCAAAUAACUUAAGCACUAUAUAUCAAUUAUCAAAACUCCAAAAAUAUAUGAAGAAAAGAUCAAAAUUCGAAGGAAAGAAAAAAAAAUGAUAUGAAAGAAACACAAAAGCCAAAGAUAAUAUUCAUCCCUUACCCGGCGCAAGGCCAUGUCACCCCGAUGCUCCACCUCGCAUCGGCCUUCCUCAGCCGUGGCUUCUCCCCUGUGGUUAUGACUCCCGAGUCUAUCCACCGUCGGAUCUCGACGACUAACGAUGAUCUUGGAAUCACGUUCCUGGCCAUAUCGGACGGUCAAGAACGUCCGGAUGCACCUCCCUCGGACUUCUUCUCCAUAGAGAAGUCGAUGGAGAACAUCAUGCCGUCUCAACUCGAACGGAUCCUACUACAAGAAAACGUGGGUGUGGCUUGUGUUGUAGUCGAUUUAUUGGCUUCGUGGGCUAUAAGAGUGGCUGAUCAGUGUGGUGUUCCUGUCGCCGGGUUCUGGCCGGUGAUGUUCGCUGCUUACCGUAUGAUUGAAGCUAUACCGGAGCUCGUACGGACAGGCAUAGUUUCCAGAAAAGGGUUUCCUCGUCAACCAGGAAAACCAUUACUCCUACCUGAACAACCGCUCUUAUCCGCCGGAGACCUAUUAUGGCUGAUCGGAACUCCCACAGCUCAAAAAGGACGAUUCAAGUUCUGGCAAAGAACCCUAGAACGAGCAAAAAGUCUCCGGUGGAUCUUGGUAAACUCCUUCAAAGACGAAUAUGAAAGUGAAAUCUUUAAUCAAGAUCAAAACCCUCAAAUCCUUUACGUUGGUCCAUUGCAUGACCAAGCAGCAACAAGUGUUACAACUUUAACCAAAAGCCCUACUUUCUGGGAAGAAGACAGAUCUUGCCUAGGUUGGCUCCAAGAACAGAGGCCAAACUCAGUAAUCUAUAUCUCAUUUGGAAGCUGGGUUUCUCCAAUAGGAGAAUCAAAGAUUCGUACGUUGGCAUUGGCGUUGGAAGCGUCAGGAAGACCUUUUCUUUGGGCACUAAACCGGGUAUGGCAGGAGGGACUGCCACCAGGGUUCGUGCACAGAGUCACCAUAGCGAAGAACCAAGGAAGGAUUGUGCCGUGGGCCCCGCAGACCGAAGUUCUUAAAAACGACUCAGUGGGUUGUUUCGUGACUCACUGUGGCUGGAACUCGACCAUGGAGGCGGUGGCAAGUUAUCGGAGGCUAGUGUGUUAUCCAGUAGCAGGAGACCAGUUUGUGAACUGUAAAUACAUCGUGGAUGUGUGGAAGAUUGGGGUGAGAAUGAAUGGUUUUGGAGAGAAUGAGGUUGAAGAAGGGUUGAGGAAAGUCAUGGAGGAUGAAAAGAUAGGUAAGAGAUUGAAGAAGUUGAGAGAUAAAGCAAUGGGGAAUGAAGCACGUUUGUAUUCGGACAAAAUGUUUACCAUAUUUAAGGAUGAGAUGAAGUGACAUGUUUCAAUUUAACCUAAUGUCUUUUUUUUGCCAUUGUGUGCGGCUUCAUAAGACCACUUUUUCCAAAUACAGUAAGAAAAAAUACAUUAUACAAACAACUUUGGUUUUAUGUGAAAUACUAUAAAAAAUGUUAUUCAAAUUUAAACUAAGCAUACAAACUUCACUAAUGAUAUUAUUGUAUUUGUCUUAUACUAAUCUAAACAUCCAAUUCUUAGCUUAUACAAUUGGUCUUCUUAUUUCGUAGUUAAUUAAACAUUCAUUUCGUUUUGUAAAUAUCAUUACACUACAGUCUCCAUAACAACGAAGAUUUACGACGAAAAUAUUACCUCGUAAAUUUACAUGGUGUUUACAACGCAGU